AGCAGACAGCUCUCCAGCGUGAACGAGUGUUUUCCCCGACCCGGUCCGGUCCCUCCCAAUCCUACCUCUGCACCGUCAGCGCGCGGUACUGGAGGCAGCUGCAGUUGUCAUGGAGAUCGGUUUGGGCCCGUCUUCCGUCUCCAUGGCGUCGAACCCUGGUGCCGUUGCCAUGGGGACCCGGGCCCGGAACGCGCUCUCGGCGGUGGAAGAGGAUGAAGAAGAGGAGCGGCACCGACAGCGUGGUGCGCACCGGGCAAACUUCUCCAUGCUGAUAGUGAUCGGAGAGAUUGGCACCGAGCACCAGCUGCAGAUAACCAAGCAGCACAUCGAGCGGGGAAUCCGAUCCUGGAACAUCAGCCUUGAAGAGUGUGAUCUUGACAAGCAGCUUCAGCUCUUUAUAUCCAGACACUCUGCCCAGUUCUCUGCAGAUGUCAGAGGACAAAGGACUCUGCACCACAGAAGUGAUGUACUUGAGACCGUUGUUUUAGUUAAUCCAUCAGAAGAUACAGUUAUUUCUGAGAUCAGUUCUCUUGUGUCUGACCCGGCUUUGCUCAAGCUACUGGUCCUGAGUGGGCAGAACUCGGACCAAGGCGACCUAGUACUUCAAACUGGAGUGUUUACUUCUCAAACCUUAUCACGUGUCCUUGCUGAACCUGGGGGCUCAAAAAAAGCAGACCCAGGACAGCAGGCAACACUUACUUUGUCCUGUCGGACUGAAGCAGGUUGGACCUCUGUUGGAAAGCAUUUAAGAGAGAUAAUGGACUUUAAAUUGAACCCUGAGCCCAUACUUCCCAAAAUGGAAGGUGUGUCAGAGUUUACCGAGUAUAUUUCUGAGACUGUAGAUGUGCCAUCCCCAUUUGACCUGCUGGAACCACCUACGUCUGGAGGAUUCCUUAAGCUGUCCAAGCCUUGCUGCUACAUCUUCCCUGGGGGAAGAGGGGACUCUGCUCUGUUUGCAGUCAAUGGCUUUAAUAUUUUGAUUGAUGGCGGCUCUGAGAGAAGGUCAUGCUUUUGGAAGCUUGUCAGACACUUGGAUCGUAUUGAUUCUGUUCUACUCACACACAUUGGUGCUGACAACCUCCCUGGUAUAAAUGGACUUCUACAAAGGAAAAUAGCAGAGCAGGAGGAAGAGCAAUCACAAGGCUCCACUAACUAUAGUGACUGGAUGAAGAACCUCAUCUCACCAGAACUAGGAGUUGUGUUCUUCAAUGUGCCAGAAAAGUUGCGCACAUCUGAAUCAAACUUAAAAGUCAAGCGUAGUAUUGAAGAGGCUUCUCUGACAUUGCAGUACCUUGACAAGCUUGGAAUUACUCCCGAACCCCUUUUUCGAGUAGUUAGUAAUACGAUCGAACCCAUUACUCUUUUUCACAAAAUGGGUGUAGGCAGGUUAGACAUGUUUGUCCUUAAUCCUGUGAAGGACAGCAAGGAAAUGCAGUUUCUUAUGCAGAAGUGGGCUGGUAACAGCAAGGCUAAAACUGGGAUUGUGCUUGCUAAUGGAAAGGAGGGAGAAAUAUCUGUGCCAUACCUAACAUCUAUUACAGCUCUUGUUGUGUGGCUUCCUGCCAGCCCAACAGAAAAGAUUGUAAGAGUUCUGUUCCCUGGAAAUGCACCACAAAGCAAAAUAUUUGAAGGGCUUGAAAAGCUAAAACAUCUGGAUUUUCUGCGUUAUCCGGUAGCUACGCAGAAGGACAUAGCUUCAGGGGUCUCACCCUCUGCUGUAAAACAGACAAAAUUAAAGCAAAGGGCAGACAGCAAAGAAAGUCUUAAGUCAUCCCCCAAAAUACAGACUCCUACGAAGACCGUCAAGAAAGAAACUGAUGAACAGGAAAACAUAUCUAUUCUUGAGACAAAGAGUGAUUCUGUCAAGGAGAGCAAAUCUGAGGAGAAAAAGAAAGAAGAAAAGAAACACACCAGGCCAACAAAACCGAAAUCUGAGAUAACUGAAAAGAAAAAAUCAGUGAAAAAACACAGUAAAGAAAGAAUAUCUAAAAAGGAUGAGAAAAAGGACAAGGAAAAGAAAGAGAUAGAGAUAAAGAAAGAAGAUGCUGUGAAAAAGGAUGAGAAAAAAAAGAAGAGCAAAGAUGUUUUGAAACCAGAACUGAGGAAAAUAACCAAACCUGAUCUUAAACCCUUCACACCAGAAGUCAGAAAGACUCUUCACAAGGCUAAGACUCAAGGAAAAGCCAAAACAGUAAAGAGCAAGACGACUAAGAAAGAAAAGGCUACACCAGUUGCAGAGCUUGAUGCCAAAAAGGCUGAGUCUCAGAUUCAUGAGGGUGGCACAGUAGAGGUCAAAACUGUUCUGUCCACUCCAGAAGACCUGACUAAAGAUUUUGAAGAGCUGAAAGAAAACACACUAACAAAAGAGGUAGUUCAGUCUGAACCAGAGGAAGCUCUUCUUGCACCUUCAGAGCUACCAGACAAAGAAGAAUUAAGCCCAUGCCUUGACACUGAUGAUGCAAAAGAGGAGGCUGUUGUUGAUCAGACUGCACAAACUGUUCAGGAACCAACAUCUCCAGAGAAAGACACAGCACUGUUAACAGCAGAGGUCAAAGCAGAACCUGAGAAACCUGCAGCUGAGCACCAGGCACUAGAGGUUGAUAAAUUUGAGGAUGAAGGUGCUGCUAUAGAGGAUGAUGAGGAAGAAGAAGAAGAAGAAGAAGUGGUAACCAUUAAGAAAAAGGCAACAGAGGAGGAAGAAGACAUGGGAAUAGGGGAAGAAGAAGAUGAAGGAAUGGUAAAGGAUUUGGAAGGAGUGGACCGAAAACAUGAGGUUGAGGAAAUGGAGAAGCACAGAGGCAUGGAAGAUAUUGCAGGCACAACAAAGACUGAAGCUGAAGAAUAUCAAAGUGAAGAUGACUAUGUUAUUGAAAAAGCAGAGUUAGAGGAGGCAGAAGAUUUGGAUGCCAUUGCAGAUGAAGAAAUGAAAGAUGUCACUGAUGAGAAAGUCACUGAGAAAUGGGAGUACAAGACAAGUGAGGGAAGUAAGGCAGCCAAAGAGGAUGAUGAUGCAUAUCUUUCUAAUAUUAAAGGUGUCGCACCAGGCUUCAGCUCCACAGUUCAAGCAGCUGCUACAGCAGAGAACUUAUCCUAUAUCCAGGAUGAGACAAUUCCAGGCUACUCAGAGACCGAGCAGACAAUCUCAGAUGAAGAGAUUCACGAGGAAGCAGAGGACAGAAUACCCCACCUUCAAUAUGAAGCUGGCACCUAUGAAGUCUCGGUGCCUGAUCAAACAGGCUCCUUUGAUGCAAUCCAUGGGAUGAAGGAGAUGCAAGCAUUGGGUGAUGGCAAAUCAUUUAUGGGCAUUCAAGAACCAGCUAUUUCAGUCUAUACCAGCAUAAUAGCAGCACCAUUGGCAGAGGAGGAACAUGUCUCUUCAGCUACAUCUAUAACUGAAUAUGAAAAAUUGUCCUCUUUACCAACAUCCGUCACUGAUGAUCAGUCAGUGGCCUCUGUCACAGCUCCUCAGACCGAAGACACCGGAAAGAGCUCACUAGAUCUGGACACUGUAAAUAGUGUACACCCCAUAACACACACAGAAGCUACUCAAGGAAAAGAUUACUUACACUCUGCUGGAACCAUUUCUCCAACAUCCUCCCUGGAAGAGGACAAGGGUUUCAAAUCACCUCCUUCAGAGGAAUGCCCACCCCUUCCUCUGGAGGGAAGAGGAGAGGAAACUGAGACCACUACACCUUACGAUGAAGAAGAGGAUGAUGACUAUGAAGAUCAAACACCAAAUGUUGAUAUUCCACUUGGAAAGUUACAGGAAGGAUAUGCAGCCUCCAGUAAACAGCAGGACAAGGCCAAGGGCAUUGACAAGCCCAAAAGCCCUGAGCCUUCUACUUUGGAGUCUACUCUGGAUAAAAAAAUACUGUCCCCACCUGAGAUGGAAGGGAGAACUGUAUUACCGUUAAGUACACAUGACGUCACUGAUGUAACUACAGAACUGCACACUACAGCAGAUGCCACUUCUAAAUCAUAUGCUUCAGAGGCUGGUGGUUUUCCAGAAGCAGAAGAUCGAUGCUUUAGUCCAGAUGACAGCACUGUUAAAAUGGCCUCUCCAAGUCAGUCUGGACCUCCUAGUGCAACCCACUCCCCUCUUCGUCAAUCCCCUGUGGAAGAUAAAACCAGAAUGUACCCUGAUCUGUUGCAGCAAGAACUUGAGAAGCCAGUCGGCCAAUCUGAGCUUGAAAAGGUUGAAAAGGAAAGUGAAAAACAAAAAACACAAAUUUACAAGGUUGAAGAAAAGGAGCCAGGUAUUAAAACAGAUCAAGAAAAACAAAAGGAACCAUUUUUGAUGAAAGAGGAGGAGGCAUCUCAUGUCCAAGAAACAAAGGAGUCCAUCACUGUUACAGCUUCACUGACUACAAAGGAAGCGUCAUUGAAAAAAGAUCUUGAAGAUUCACCAGAAAACAUAAUAGAAGAAGUAAUGCUGCAAAAAAGAAAUGAAGAUGCUGAAGUUGAGGAAGAAAGUCAUUCACCUGAUAAGCACGAUCACACUGAUACAUCCUCUGAGGUCAAGUUCUCUCUAGAAAAGGAUGAGGAGAAAGAAAAACAGAAAGAGUCUUAUAAGGAUGAAAAGGAAAAAGAGGACUAUAAGCAAACAUCUCCACCCGAGCUGAAGAAAGAUGCAAAUGUAUUAGAAACUGUGGCCUUCAAGGAGCACUUCCAGACUGAAAUGUCUGAAAAAUUGUAUGAUGAAACAAAAACAGCUGCUAAGCAAGAUGACAAAUCCGAAGAGAAACACAUCAAGGAAGUUCAACCUCAAAUCUUAGAGUCAAAACCAGAAAAGGAAGUUGUGAUCAGUAAACCACCUCAAGAUUUGUUUACAGAUACAAAAAUUGACACUUUAGAAGAAUCUAAAACUGUAACUCAACAGUUAACAUCACAAGACUCUGAUGUGUCCCACAUAACUGGUCAGGAAUCUGGAGAAAAGGAGACAAGCACCCUCGAGCCUCAAACACAACCAUUAACAGAAAUAGCUUCCAAAGAACCAGUGGAUAAGAAUCUUUCCCAGACCAUACUGUCACCCGAUGAAACAGAUUCUGUGACCCAGAUUAAUAAAGAAUAUAAAGAAGAAACAAUGAAAGACACAUUUCAAUCAGAGCAGUCUUCAGCUGAACAUGUUUUAUCCGCAGACAGCUCAAAGGAUGAGCAUGUACUGGAGACUCACUCUGUUACAGAGGUAAAAGAUACAAUACUCUCAUCCAAACAAGAUCAAGAAACUGAGAAACAAUUGGACCAAAUUCACACUCAAGAUUUAACAACAGAAACAACCCCUAGUGUACUGUCAAAGCCUCUAGGUUCUGAAGACUCAGUCUUCAGUCCUGAUCAAGAACCACUGAUUUCAGAAAAAAUAGAAAUCAUAUUAAAAUCAGAUCUCAAAUCUGAAUCUGAAGAAUGCAAAUCUGAGAAAACACCUGUAUUGGAAAUAGAUCAAGUGUCUAAGGAGAAAGAGGAAACGGUGGUUCUGCUUAAAUCUGAUAUAACAUGCAGACAGGAUCAAGAAUCAGAAAAACGUGAAACCAAAUCUGCUGAACAUCUUAGUUUGGAAAAGACAGAUUCCAGGGCAGAUUCUGAAUCUAAAGGUUUGGACACAUCAGAAACACCUGUAAAAGACUGUAAAAAGAAAACAGAAAUCAAAUCUGAAACAACUUGUGUUAUUUCAGAAGAACCAGACAUCUCUAAGGAUGAACAAUUACAGCAAAACCAACUUAAGGCUUGUUUAACAUCUGAAAAUGUAGCAACUAUGGAGGAUCAAAUUUCUAAGGACAAGCUCAUAGAAGACACCAUACCUCAUAUGCCUGAACCAGCUCAAGCUAAAACUUACAUUUCCCCUACAGCAGAUCUCAAAACUAAGGAUUCAGAUAUAGGGGAUGACAAAACACAAUCUGAACACAUUCAUUCAACAGACAAACUGGGAGAGACGUGGGAUAAAGAGAAACAAGUGGAAGAGAUUCCAAAACCUGUGUCCAGUUCAGAAACAUCAGAUAUGAUUAAGACAUCUUCAGAAACAGUAGAUAUACAUGUAGAGGAAAGUAAAAGACUAAAUUUAGAAUCAUUACCUGAAAGAUUAGAUGGAAUUUCUAAAGUUGAUCAGCCCAAAGAACCAGAUGAAAAAGUCUCUUCAGAGUCCAAAGAAACUGUGUUAAGAGAGGAUCCUAUCAAAUCUGAACAAACUUCUUUAUGUGCAUCAGAUACAAUAGCUGAUGCUGAUCUUGAUGUAAAAUGUAAGGAAGAUCUUAAAAAGGAGCAUGCCUUUAAAUCUGCCAUGCCUUCAUCAGAUCAAGAGCCUGAGAAAUUUGCUCAAGAAGGAACUAAAGAAAUUUCAGCAUCAAGUUCUGAAACAGAAGAUCUGGAUUAUCAGGCAGACCUUAUAGCUCGAACACAGCAACUGACCGAUGAGCCACACCCAACAGAGACUGUAUUAUCAGUACCAGAGGAAACAGGCAUUACUGCUAAGCUGAAUUUAGAUUACAAAGAAAAGUGUCUAGAGGACAACAAAUCUGGAGCUUCAUUUUUAGUUACUGAAAAGACAGAAUGUGCUGUAAAAACAACGCUAGGAUCUGAAUUUCCAACAAAGUACUCGGAUAAUGAAGAAAGUACAGAGGAGGAUGAAGGAGAUGCCAUCUGCAUGGGAGGUGCAGGUUCAAGACCGCUGUCAGUAGAACCUAGGGAAACAAAAGAAAGCUUUACUGAACAAAUCUCAUCCACAGCAGGCACUUUAAAAGAUGAGAAAGCAACUCAUUUAGAUGACAAAGAAGUAUCAGGAGACAUCAGUAAGCUUUCAGCAGAGAUGGAGAGCAAGGAGCCAAAAAUUACCACUUCGUACAUAGCGCCUGCAAGUUAUGGUACUGAGUCAGCAUUGGAAGAGUCGACUGAUUCCACAAGUCAGGCAACUGUUGAGGACUCCAAAACGCUUGAAAUGCAAUUUUCCCCAAAAGACAUUGUUAGGCAUGACAAGGAGGUACAAAGAGAACACGAAAAAGAACGGGAAAUGGUUUCUCCAGAGUUAGAAACACCGUCUUAUUACAAAGAUGAAGAGACAAAACUAGGAGAAAAAGAGAAAUUGGAUGACAGCAUGUCUUAUCAACCUGGACAAUUAAGCUAUGAACUAUCCAAAUAUGAGCCCUAUGAAAAGCCAGUCACAGAGGAAUCUGAAAAGGACAAAGAGGACAAACAUUUGAAAUCCAGCCUUGACAUAAAUGUAGAUUGCAGCAAAAUGAGUAGCCAGUCACCUCUCAAAGAAGUUAAAUGCCACACAGAUGAACAAACCUUUGAAGAACCAGUGUCCAGCAAAGCUGAUCAAACUGCAUCAUUCUCAGAGAUAAAGACUAUGGAAUCUAGUACCUGCCCAGAGCAAGAUAAUAAAGCAAGUUACCAAGAAGAAGAAUUUGAGAGCGAAAGAUUAGAUACUCCUUACGUAGACAAGAGUUUUACAUUUGUAGACAUCACUGACAACAAAACAUCUGCAUCUGAAACAAGUCCAUUUUCUUCCAGUUGUUUUGAAGAAAAAUUAGUUAGGGAAGAGAAAGAGAAGGAGACUGCCAAAGAUCGCACAAGUUCUUCUGUGCCCGAGGAAGAGGAAAAAGGCACAUAUUCUGAACAGUCAGUUACAAUGCCUUGUACCUCGACCAGACCUUUACAGCCUGAGCAUGAAGAAGACAAAGAGAAGACGCUAAAGACAGAAGAGGCAAUAGCUGUACCUCAUAAGCAUGUAUGUGAUAAGGCUGAGACCCAUGACGUUAUCACUCUCGAGGAGGGAAUGUCUUCAAAAGUAGAGUUAAACAUUCAGACAACAAAGGUAGAAGACAAAACUGCAGAUAAACCACAAAGGCAAGAAGAAACCACCGAGGAAAAAAUGGACACAACUUCAGCAAAGCAAACAGGAGAGGAACUGGAUUUAUCAGGAAACAAGGAAGUACAAUUUUCUAUCAGUAGAUCUCCACCACCAGAGGGAAAUAUCCUGUCUGUUCAGUCAACUCCUAUGGGUGUAAGCAGUCAAGCUUUUGAUUCCUCUUGUAGCAAAGUGCAGCACGUACCUGACAAUGUCCUUGCCUUAGAAAGCACGAGCACUGCAAGUGGCGUGUCUGAAACAUUUCCAAUAACAAGCAAAAAGAUAUUAGCCGAGGCAGAAAAGGGUUAUGAAGAAGAAGAAGAAGGUGAAGAGAAUGAUGCCAGUGAUUUGGAUAUAGAAAAAGGGGCUAGAGAGGUGUCAGAGAAGGAGUCCAAAGAGUGUGUUUUAGGUGAGAAAAAACAAAAGGAAGAAGAAAAGCCGGAUCAAACAACUGAAUAUACUGCUAAAAAACAAAAGGAUGAAUCAGUAGCUUCAAGAGAGCCUUUGGAAGCAGGGAUACCUGAAACAUACACUAAAAACAUUGUUCACACCUCUGAAACAAUCAGCGUAACGAUUACAACAAGACUUAAAUCUGUACCCCAUACAGAAACCACAGAUACUGAUCAGUCAAAGGCGAAAGACAUCAAUUUAUUACAUCCAGAUCAAAGCAAAACCAAUGAGGAUAAGCAUGAAGGGGAGUCACAGAAGACCACUGAUAAAAAAACAGAGGAAAUUGCACCAAUUAGCAUUUCUGAUACAACUCAGUCUUCAUCCUCAUCCUACAGUUAUUCCUCAUCAACCUCUGCCUCAUAUUCUACAGGACAACACUUUGCAGAGGAGCUGGAGAUGCCUAUUACUAUUCCAGGUGCAUAUGAGUACUCUUCUCUUAAAGAAGAGGAAUCUCUUGCUAUAGAUUCAUCUUAUCUAAGCUCAGGAGUGCAAUCAAGAGAUGAAUACGUGGAACUCUCAGAAAAAUUUACACCUGUAACAGCAACAGCUGAAUCAAUAUCCAAUCUUGCUAGGUUUUCUCCACUUAGUCCACUUGAAGAGGCCAAAUCUUUCCUUCAGGACCAGACAUCGUCAGCAGAAGAAAAAUCAGAAGACACCACAAGUAUCAAAUCAGAUAAGGAUCUGCUUUCUGAGCAAAAAGAUACAUCCGUGUCUGAAUCACUGACCUUAAAAUUAUCUGACUCUCAGAAGCCUGACGUAACUUCUGCUUCACCAGUUAUGCUUGAUAUGGCACCAUUGAAGAAAGCCGACAAAUAUUCCCAGGAGGAAGUGACUGCCAUCGAGCAAGAGGGUGACACAAGUGGAAGUGAAGAAGGAACUUUACCUUGUAGAAUUGAAUGUGAACAAUCUGAACCUCAUGAUCAAAAAGAAAAGUUGUCUCCUGAGCAACACGCCAAUGUCACAUCAACUCUGCCUACUGAACCGUCACAUUUGGACAUACAUACAUCAAAUGAUCAGACAGAAGUUUGCACAGUUUCCCAUGAUGUUUCAAGUAAAGAAGGUGACUCACUUGGGACUGGCACCUCUGAGCAAGUAGAUCAAAAACAGAAGGAGGUAGAAGAAGUAAAAGAAGGGGAAAAAGAUCAAGGUAAGAAGGAAUCUGAGGUUGCUGAGACUCAAAAAGAGAGAAAAGACCAAGAAGAUCAGCAGUCAGGCCAAAAGGAGAAGAUGGACAUGGAAAAAGAGAGCAAACAGGAAGAACAGAAGGAGGAUAAAAUUGAACUUGAAAAGGCUGAUGCCAAAGCUUUAGGAAAAGCUCAAGAAAUGCAGGUUAAAGGUACAAAAGAAAAGUCUGAAGACAAGAAAGACAGCAAAGAAAUCACCGAGAAGCUGGAAGUAAAAGAAGAGUGCAAAGAGGAAGCUAAAGAAAAGAUAGAGGAGAUAAAGGUUUCAGUAAGGGAAGAAAAAGAUACCAAGAAAACAGAUGCAGAUGAGUCUGCUCAAAAUACCACCUCUGCUUCUGAUGUGACUCGACCUUCUGAACUCUGCAUGGCCAGCUCAUUUCACUCACCUCCAUUAUACAAACACUGCAAAGGAGAACUUUCUCCAUCAUUCAUCAAUCCAAGCCCACACCAUUUCUCCAGUGAGGAGGGAGAGGAGGAUGUAAGAAGUGAUCGCUCAAAGGAGGGUGAUUUUGAUGACGAACGUGGACAGCAUUCUGUUAAGAUAAGAUCUCACAAGCAGCAGCGCCACCAUUCUCACGGCCACCAUGGAGACAGCAAGGAGGGAUCUCAUGCUCCUGCCAGUCGCACAGCAACUGGACAUGGAGUAUCGCUUGCUGGAGAAGAAACUCCUCCAACGUCUCAGAGCGAGUCCCUUCCCUCUCAGUCUGACUCAGAUGUGCCACCAGAAACAGAAGAGUGCCCAUCAAUUACAGCUGAAGGGAACCUCGACUCAGAUGAAGACGCAGAGCACCUACCAGUGGAUAAAGCGUCGGCUGCUAGUGGAGGUGGCCACCACUCAUCUUCUCCGAGGAGCAGCGAUCCUCCUCCAGCCCCGAUGAUAGACCCUGUCCCACAACCGCCCCACCCUGAUGUGUGCAUGAUGGAUCCCGAAGCUCUUUUUAAUGGGCAAAGCCACACAGAGAGACCUAUGAAGAAAGAUCUUAAAACCAACAAAGGAUUGAGAAAAAACCUGAAGCCAAAGUCUGGAUCUCCAGCACGUAAAGGCGAUGCAAGGAGCAAAAGAUCCACAACCCCUGUAAAACAGACAUCCAAAAACACCUCACCUCAUCCACCAUCUCUUAAAAGAUUGGAUUCCGAGAAGACACUUCGUUUAGCUCGAUAUUCUGAUACACAGACCUCAAAAGGAGAAAACUAUCCAACAAAAGGGCUUGCCAAUGGUGUAAAGAGUAACACAGGUUCUAACCAGAAACCCAGUGCAGGGGUUUCCCCUGGACUACCUUUCUAUGUUGACCUUGCCUACAUUCCAAAUCACUGCAGUGCUAAAAAUGUUGACCAAGAAUUUUUUAAACGGGUGCGUGCUGCGUACUAUGUUGUAAGUGGGAAUGAUCCAGGCAGUGGAGAACCCAGCCGUGCAGUUCUGGAUGCGCUGCUCGAAGGAAAGUCACAGUGGGGAACCAAUCUGCAGGUGACGCUGAUCCCUACCCAUGAUACGGAGGUGACUCGUGACUGGUACCAGCAGACUCACAAGAAACAACAGGAUCUGAAUAUCAUGGUCUUGGCCAGCAGCAGCACUGUGGUCAUGCAGGAUGAGUCUUUCCCUGCCUGCAAAAUCGAAUUUUAGGCUUUUUCCAUUUAGAAAUGCAUACAUGAAUAAUUAUGAAGACUUAGAUAGUGUGUUUUCUUACCAACCACAGACUUGCAUCCUAUCAAUUGCCAUUAAUGGUUAUAACUUCGCCUGCUAAAGUAGUAAAUUGACUUGCUUUGGUUUUAAAUUGAGAGUGAUACAUGUGAACCGGGAAAAAUAUGAUAUUGAAAUAAUAAAUUGUUUAGGUGAGGUCGCUGGGGCAGAGUUUCUCAACCUUGACCAUGAAGUAUUGUUAUAAAAUGUUAGCUUAUCCUACUUUAUUUGUUAAUUAAAUGGCUAUUCAACUUAAAGUUUAAGGCUAACCGCUUAAAACGAAUCAGUAAGCAAUUACUUUCCUGACAUGUUAUAUAUAAAAAGAACGUUUACGGCAUUUAGCAAACUUUUUAUCCAAAGUGACCAAAUACAAUAUAAGCAUUUGAGGAUUAUGAGCCUAACAGUGACAACCUGGUAGUGGUGAAGCCUGAACCACUUAUCGUCGGAUUACUAGUCCAGUACCUUAAUGCUGAGCCACCACUGCUAACCUAAGCCAAAAUAUGGGUUUGAACAUGCCAUUGCCUUGCAUUAAUUUUUAAAGAACUGAGAAACACUGGUAUCAGAUAAUUUUUUAUAAAACGCUUUACAUUUUGGUAAAUGCAUUUAAAGCCCUGCCCUAACUCUAAAUUUA